AUAACGCUGGCUCCCUCAGCUAAGAAACAGAAAUGAGUACCGCCCCUAGAAUCAGACAUAACUGGACAGGGGAUACCUUCCUUUCAGGGAAAAGAUAAUAAAAUGGCACUUGCUAAUCAGUAAAAUAAUGAAUGAAGCAGGUGUAUCUUUAAAUCUAGUCUCAAGUUUGACUUGUAAUAUAGUACAUUUGUUCCCGCCUUCUGCUAAAUUUAUGGUUGUCUAUUUUCCUUCACAGCCUUCUGAAAUCGACAUGGAGUCUCAGAUGCAUCUAUAUGGACACACUGCAGAGAUCACCAGCUUGCUUGUCUGCAAACCCUAUAGCAUCAUGAUAAGUGUGAGCAAAGAUGGAACUUGUAUCAUAUGGGAUUUGAACAGGCUCUGCUAUGUGCAAAGUCUUGCUGGGCACAAAAGUCCUGUUACGGCAGUGUCUGCUAGUGAAACAACAGGGGACAUUGCAACUGUUUGUGAUUCAGUUGGCGGUGGUAGUGAUCUCAGACUCUGGACAGUCAAUGGUGACCUGGUGGGACAUGUGCAUUGCAGAGAAAUCAUAUGCUCUGUUGCUUUCUCCAACCAGCCUGAAGGAAUCUCUAUCAAUGUGAUUGCUGGAGGGCUAGAAAAUGGAGUUGUAAGAUUGUGGAGCACAUGGGAUUUGAAACCUGUCCGAGAAAUUACAUUUUCUAAAUCAAAUAAACCAAUUGUCAGCCUUACCUUUUCAUGUGAUGGCCAACAUUUGUACACAGCAAAUAAUGAAGGAACGGUGAUCUCUUGGUGUCGCAAGGACCAACAACGCUUGAAGCUUCCUAUGUUCUACUCAUUCCUUAGCAGCUACGCAGCUGGUUGACAGCUCUCUCAGUUUCUCAGCUUUGGUAAAUUAUGAAGCACUUUCAAUACAGAGUGGACUGUGGAGCCCCUUUGGUUUUGCUAGAUUUUGAAGAACAUGUAUGACUUUAUCAUCAGCAAGUAGAUCGUUGAUGACGUCAACGAAAAGCUGCUACACAUGCUCAUGCACCAAAUUUAUGAACCAUAUCACAGUGAUAAGAAAAUUUUGGCUUGCCUUUUUUGGUACCAAGAGGACACUAAGGGCGCUAACUCAGAAGUAUAUAUGCUGCAAUAUGUUAUGUAACAUAAACAUAUUUUUAUGGAUACUUUCCUGGACAUACAUAUUCUAAAUCUUCAAGCACUAGUGGUAACUUUUGCUCAUCUGUUAUGUAAAAAUACAAUUAAAAUAUUUCAAGAUUUAUAUAAAAA